UGUGUAAGCUGAAAUAUUUAGUAAAUCUUUUGUAAAAAUUUAUUUAUGUGUAACAUGGAAGUAAAUGUAAUGGAUGUAUACCAAUCAAAUAAUCUAAGUACCAACUCUUUAUUAUCUGAUGAUAAUUUAAUAUAUGAUAAAAUGAAAAUAUGUUCAAAUUACAUUCAUUUCAAAGAAUUUCCCACUGAUUGGGAAAAAAAUAUUUUGAAUUUAUUACCAAAGAAGUAUAACAGAAAAUAUUGUUUACUAAUAAAAACAGUAUUAAAAGAAGUAAAAGACAUAUAUGUUAAGGAUAUGCAAGAUUUCUUAAAUAAAGUUACAUUAUCAAAUCAUAAAAAGAAUGAUGAUUACAUUUCUAAGAUAAUUUAUGCGAACCAUAAAUUCUUAGAUUAUCAAAAUGCUUUUAAUAGAAAUAUUUUUUUAAGACGUGGUAAAUUAUUAAAUAAAAGAUAUUAUCUUUAUUUAGAACCAAUUAGAAUUAUUAUAAAACAAGCACAACUGAAACUUCCAGUAUUUAUUUGCAACUUUGAACAUUAUCAUCAUUUUGGGCUUAUGUCAUUAACUGAUUUUCAAAAUAUGAUUAAUAAUGAUAUUAAAAAAGGAUCAUUAGCGCUAGCAAAUCAGUUUUAUACUAAGGUGGCAACAGCUGUAGCAACAAAUAAGAUUUUAAAGAACAUUAAUAAAAAACGAUUACCAAGAAUUAUGCACUGUAUAACACAUGUUUUUGUGCAACAAAUUUUGAAUGUCAUGAUAAAAUCUAUUGAUCAUAUACUAAACAUUAUGAGUGAUAAAUAUUGCUGUCCUCAAAUCAAAUUUCAACUUAUUAUGCAAGAUGACCAAUUAUGUCUUAGUCCUACUGUUGAAGAAGUAUAUUCUUUAUAUCACAAUAUCAUUGAAAAGAUUAGUAUAAUUGCCCAAGAUUUAAUACCAUUGGAAGAAUGGCUUAAUAUAAAAGCAUAUUAUAAAUAUAUUAAAGUAGAAUUACCAAAUUGUUAUAUUAAAGAGUCUCAUAACAAAUUGCAACUUAUUCUAGAUAACUUAUUUCAAUCUUUAAAUGAACAUGUAAAACAUAUCACUGAAGAAUUUUAUCUUAUCUGUACACCUAAUUUAAGAGAAAGAAUAUUAUCAUUAACAUCUGAAAAAAUAAACUUUGAUUUAUACAUCCAACAUGUACAGAAAUACAGCACCUAUUUAAUAAAAUCAAAUACUAUGACAUUGAAUACAUAUCAUGCAAUAGGAAAAUUAGAACAACAUGGAGCUAAAGAAUUUUUGAAAAAGGAAUCCUUUGAUAUUAUAAAUAUUUUUUUAAACAAACUCAUUAAAUACCAUCAAGAAUUCAAUGAAUCUAUUUGUUCAGAUUUUGAAAAUUUGAAAACAAAGAUAUUAAAUAUUCCAAAAAAUUCACAAUCCUUAAUUGAAUUAACUGAAUAUAUCUCCUAUGCAUCGCAAGUGUUAAUAAAAGAAUUAGAACAUAAAAUUCAGAAUUCAAUACACAUGUUAAGCAUAUUAUCAGAGAUAACAGUUUUAUCAGAUGAUCACAUUCAAUUAAAUAAAAAGACUAUUAAUUGGUUAUAUGAAAUUGAAACAAUAUUUAAACAAAGUAAUAUAUUAUGUGAGGCAAUGAAAAGUGAAUUAGAAGAUGACAUGCAGAAAAGGAUAAACAACUUAAACAUUAAUGUAGAUAACAUCAUUCCUCAACUUAGUGUAUUAGAUAAUAUGGAUAAUAUAAAUAGAAUUGAAGAAUAUGUUGAAUAUUAUAAAGGGCUUCUAAAACAAAUAAAUCAAAUUAAACAGGAAAUGCAAAGAGUUAAUGAAGAAGAGACGUUAUUUAAAUUUCCUGAAACUGAGUUUUCAAAUGUAAUUGAAUUAUAUGAAAUAAUCAUUUCAUUUCAUGAUCUCAUUUAUGUCAUUUAUCAAUGGCAAAGAGAUUAUUCUGUAUGGUUAGAUGGUCCCUUUGAAUGUUUGGAUGCUGUCAUUAUAGAAAACAAAACGUUGAAUUAUUUUGAAAAAGUUACUGAAAUGAGCAAAAUGUUUAGAACAAAGAUUAAAAUGGAUGUAACACUGAACAAAUGUUUCAAAUUUUCUGGACUUGCAGAUGAUCCAGAUCCGAUGCAACAACCUGCACCAUUAAAGUUAUGUUGGCAAGCACUUAAUUCUAUAAACAAUUUUAAGCAAUAUUUACCAUUAGUAACAUGUAUGUGUAAUUCAGCUCUACAAAAACGACAUUGGAUAGAAAUGUCUGCAAUAUGUAAGUUUAAUCUUACACCUAAUGCUGGGACUAGUUUAAGAAAAAUUAUUUCAUAUAAUUUAAUGGGUGAUAUUGAGAAAUAUAAAGCUAUCAGUGUAAGUGCUAAUAGAGAAUUAAAGAUGCAACAGAAAUUAUUGAAAAUGAUCAAAGAAUGGGAUAAAAUUUCUUUUGAAAUAAGUCUUGAUAAACAAACUGAAAUGAAUGUAUUUUCUAAUAUGAAUGAUAUAGAAUUAUUACUUGAAGAUCAUCUUAUAAUUAUUGAAGAAAUGAAAACUUCAAAUUUUGUUAAAGAAAUAACUUCCUUAAUGACAGAUUUUUUAAUGUCUCUCACUAGAAUUCAAGAAAUUAUUAAUCAAUGGAAUUACAUACAAAUAUUAGUUCUUUCCUUAAACUCUACUUUUUGUCAUCCAAGCAUAAAAGUACAUUUAGCCAAAGAAUUUCUUUUGUACAAAGAAAUUAAAGAAAUCUUAAAACAUAUUCAAAAGAAGCUCUCAGGAACACCUACUUUUACAGAAAUUAAUGAUACAACAAUUUCAAAAUCUUUACUCAAUAUUGUUGGAAAGCUUGAAUACAUAAAUGAAAAAGUUAAAAAUUAUAUACAAACUAAGAGACAAUAUUUUCCAAGGUUUUAUUUUCUUUCUGAUAAAGAAAUUGAAGAAAUAUUAUUUAAAUCUGAUAUAUCUAUACAAAGUAUAUGUAUACAAAAAUGUUUUGAAGGUAUACAAAAACUAAAAAUUGAUAAAGAAAGGUCUAUUUGUUCCAUUUUUGGUGAUUAUGAAGAAGAAUUAUGUUUAGAAAAAUUAAUUUCGCUUAAUGUUCAAUAUGAUCAUGAAGAGAAAUGGUUGAUAUAUCUUGAAAAUGAAAUAAAUACUACAAUAAAAAAAAGCAUUCUCCUAUCUUAUCAAAUAUUUAGUAAAACAUUUGCAUAUAAUAGUAUCAUAAAUUUUCCAAGCAUGGCAAUUGUUUGUACUUUUCAACUUUGCUGGACUAUCGAGGUACAUAGGUGUCUUGCUCCUUUUAAUUUUAAAGCUCUGAAUUCUUUAUAUUCAAGAUAUAUUAAUUAUGUAAUUAGCUUAACUAGUGAAUUGAAAAAUUAUUCGAUAAAAAGAUUGAGAAAUUUGUUAAUGUCUUUAAUUACUAUAUUAAUUCAACAAAAAGACAUUAUUCAGUUAUUAUUAGACAAAAAUAUUACCAGACCUACAGACUUUGAAUGGGUUGCACAAUUACAAUAUUAUUUAGUAGAAGAUUGCAUAGAAGUAUCUAUUUUUAAUACAACUAUAAAAUAUGGGUAUGAAUAUAGUUAUUACAAACAACAUAUAAUAAAUACUCCUUUAACAGAUAGAUGUUUUCGUACUCUUAUGCAAGCAUAUGAGUAUCAUUUAUAUGGUGCUAUUACAGGGCCAUCUGCUACAGGAAAAUCAGAAACUCUCAAAAGUUUAACUAAAGCUAUUGCAAUACAAUUUCGUUAUUUUAACUGUACUAAUACAUUAUCUUAUAAUUUUCUAUCUCAAGUAUUUAAGGGAUUUAUUUCUUGUGGAGCGUGGCUUUGUUUUAAAAACUUUGAUAUAUUGAAAAUUGAUCUCCUAUCAAGACUCGCACAAACUCUUACUUCUAUUUUUCAAAUUUUAGCAACAAAUUUAAAAAUCACAAUGUUUGAAGGUUCCUCAUUAAGAGUAAGUAGAAUUGGGCAUAUUUGCAUCAUUACAAAACUGAAUCUAUUUCAAUAUACUAAUUUACCGGAUAAUUUAAGAAUAUUAUUUAGAACAGUAUCUAUGAUAGUACCAGAUAUGAAUAAAAUUAUAGAAGUUGAAUUUUUCGCUGGUGGCAUAUCUAAUUCAAAGCUAUUAACUUCAAAAUUAGUUACGCUAUAUAAAAUACUAUCUGAGCAAUUAUGGUGUCAAUCAUGUAACAUUUUUAAUUUGUAUUCUAUGAAGACAAUUGUCAAAACCACAAUUAUUUUAAAGAGAAGUUUUCCAGAUGAAAAUGAAACUGUACUACUUUUACGUUCAUUAAUUAAUGUUAAUCUUCCAAAACUUUGUAAUACAGAUACACACAUUUUUAGGAAUAUAGUUCAUUACAUGUUUCCAGAUCUUACCUUGUUGCCUCCUAAUUAUGCAGUAUUUUUAGAAACUCUUGAAACAGUAUGUACAUCUAAAUCUAUUCAUAUUCAUGAUGUUUUCAAACUUAAAAUUAUACAAAUAUUUGAAUUAAUGCAUAUUCAUCAAUGUUUAAUGAUUGUUGGUAACCCUUUUGUUGGGAAAACAGAAAUAUUAAAUAUCCUUCAAGUUGUUUUAUUGUCUUUAUAUGAGCAAGGCAGUGAAUUUGGUGUUAAUAUAAAAUUAGAGACAAUAGUUCCAAGUACAAUUAAUGUUAAUCACCUUUUUGAUCAUUUUGAUGAAAAAUCUAAAAUUUGGAAGGAUGGAAUAUGUUCCAAAAUGAUUCAAACAUCCUCAAAGAAUGAUUCCUUUGACAGAAGGUGGAUAAUAUUUGACGGACUUCUAAAUAAUGUAUGGAUUGAAAAUUUAUAUGCAGUUCUUGAUAUAAGUAAGAUGUUAUAUUUAUCAUCAGAUGAAAAAAUUAAUAUGACAAAUUUUGUAUCCAUUAUCUUUGAAACAAUAAAUAUGGAAGAUAUUUCUCCUGCUAUUUUAUCAACUUGUGGUAUAAUUUAUAUUGAGUCAAAUUCUAUCGAUUGGAGACCCUAUGUUAAAACCUAUUGUUCCAAACACAAUAUUUAUGACGAACAUAAAAAGAUAUUGUAUCCAUUGUUUGAUUGGAUAAUAGAGCCUUGUUUACAAUUUAUACAAAAGAACUGCACUGUAACUUUAAAUGUUGGACAGUUACAUUUUGUAAUGUCAACAUUAAAUUUGUUUGAAAUGUAUUUAAGGGACGCUUUGACAGAAAAUACUGAAGAAAAGGGGAAAACAUCCCAUUUUUUAAUAUGGGUUCAGGUUGCGCUUAUAUUAUCUAUAAUAUGGGGUUUAGGAGGAAAUUUGGAUAUAGAUUCUCAUACUAAAUUUAAUUCUUUCUGUACAUCACUUUGGACUGGUGCAAUUAAAGAAUAUCCAAAACCAGAAAUAAUAAAGGGUUUUGACAUAACAUUACCUCAUGAAGGCUUAAUACAAGAUAAUUUUUAUAUCUUCAAAGGUGUUGGAAAUUGGAAGUAUUGGGGAAGUACUGAUAUAUUAAAGAGUGAGAAAAUAUUAGAAAACUCUGGUAGUAAUGAAAUUUUUGUACCAACAAUUAAUACAAUAAAAUAUAAUCACAUGAUUCUCAAACAUAUAAAAUACAGAAAACCUUUCAUUAUUUGUGGAGAUGAAUCUAUUGGAAAAAGUUAUCUUAUAAAUACUUUAUUGAAAAAUAAAUUACCUGAAGGAAUAUAUUUCAAUUUACUUAAUUUUAUUUCUCUGAAUACAGUUGCUAAAACACAACAAUUAUUACUUUCAAAAUUAAAUAAAAUAAGAAAAAGGCACUAUGGGCCACCGAAAGAUCAGUUUUGUAUUAAUUUUAUAGAUGAUCUUAAUAUGCAAAGAUAUGAAUGCCAAUCAGAAAUAAAUGGUAUCUUAGAUCUUAUUCGGCAAUAUCAUAGUUAUGGUUACUUGUAUGAUAUUAAUGACUCUGAAAAAAUUUAUAUUAGUGACAUUAUGUUAUCGCUUUCAAUUAUAACUAAUACUAAAAUUAAAAUAUGUCCUAGAUUCUUAAGGCAUUUUAAUUUAUACACUAUGUAUGCCCCUGCUACAGAUACUAUAUUCAGAAUAUUUUCAAAUGUGCUUUUCAGUAAUUUAAAAAAUAAUUCUUUUACUGCAGAUAUAUUCAGUACUGUAACCAGUAUAACUAAUGCUACGAUUGAUAUAUAUAAUUCUAUAAUUAAAAUUUUACUACCAAUACCUACUAAGUUUCAGUAUCAAUUUAGUAUAAGAGAUAUAAGCAGAGUUAUUAAUGGAUGUAGCCUUCUUCAAAAAGAAUCAGUAGAAACUAAAGUUACCUUCAUGCGGCUUUGGGCUCAUGAAGUAUGGCGUGUUUUUGGUGAUCGAAUAUUGGAUAAUAAUGACAAAGAAUGGCUUUUUUCACAGAUUAAAAUAACCUGCAAACAUCAUUUCAAAGAUUCAUUUGAAACAGCUUUUGAUUAUCUACCAAAAUUUGAUAAUAAUGAAAUUAUCAAGGAUAGUUUUUGUAAUUUAAUAUUCUGCACCUUUAUGUGUACAGAAAAAUAUGAAAAUAAAAGAUAUGAAGAAAUAAAUUCUAUUGAGAAAUUACAAACUAAAAUUAUUUUUUAUAUAAACGAAUAUAAUAAUAAUAAUGUGAAAAAACGGAUUGAUAUUGUAGUAUCACAGUAUAUUUUAGAAUGUUUGAUAAAAGUUUCGAGAAUUUUAGCUAUACCAGGAAGCAAUUUAUUAAUAAUUUCUAGUAUGGGAUUUGGUAGAAAGUCCUUAGCAAGUCUAGCUGCUUAUAUGCAACAACAAGAAUUAUAUGAACCUUCUGUGCAAUCUUAUUGUGACUUCAACAUGUGGAGAAAAGAUAUAAAACUGGUUUUACAAAAGUGUGGUGAGUUAAAACAGAAUUUUAUUCUCUUUUUAAAAGAUAAACAAAUAAAGAAUAAUUUUCUCCAUGAUAUUUGUUGCCUAUUGUCUACUGGUGAAAUACCUGAUUUAUUUUCUAUUGAAGAAAGGUGUGAUAUCAUUGAAAUGAUACGUUUGCAUGCUCAAGGUGGUAAUAAAAAUGAAGAAAUCAGUAAUCGUGCAGUAAUGAAUUUUUUUCUGGAACAAUGUAGAAGAAAAUUACAUAUUAUAUUUUGUUUUACUGAAACAAACAAAAGUAUAAGAUCAUAUUUAUAUAAAUAUCCAGAAUUAAUAAAAUAUUGUACAGUAAACUGGUAUGAAAUGUGGCCAACAGAUACACUUCUACAGGUAGGUUUGAAAUACAUUCAAGACAUUAAUAUUGAAGAAGAUAUAAAAGCAAAUGUAAUAAAAGUUUGCAUACAAUUAUAUAACUAUGUACAAGAAAUAAGCAAAGAAUACUACAAAGAAACUGGAAUGAAAAUUCAUGUUACAUCAGUUACAUAUUUGCACAUGUUAAAAUUAUAUGUUCACUUGAUAUGUAAAAAACAGAAAGAUAUUUUUACAUUGAAAAAUAAAUACCUAACAGGUUUAGAAAAAUUAGAAUUAGCAGCUCAACAAGUAGAAAAGAUGAAAGCCACAUUGACAAUAUUGAAACCACAGUUGGAGUUAUCUGCCCAAAAAACGAUAAUUACAAUGAAAGAAGUGGAGAAUGAAAAUAUUACUGUAGAAAAAGCAACUGCUGUUGUACAACAAGAAGAAGAAAUAGCAAAUAAGAAAACAGAGAUUGCUGGGAAAUUAAAAUUGGAAUGCGAAGCUGAUCUAGCUGUAGCAAUUCCAAUUUUAGAAGAUGCUAUUGUUGCAUUAAAUACACUAAAACCUACAGACAUUACAUUGGUUAAAGCUAUGAAAAAUCCUCCUGAUACUAUUAAGCUAGUAAUGGCAGCAAUAUGUGUAAUGCUUGAUGUUCCCCCAGAUAGAGCAGUUGAUUCAGUUACUGGCAAAAAAUAUACAGAUUAUUGGGGUCCAAGCAAACGCAUUUUAAGUGAUAUGAACUUUUUACAAAUUUUAAAAGACUAUGAUAAGGAUAACAUUCCAUCUAAUAUUAUACAAACCAUUAAGAAGACAUACAUAAUGGAUAGCAAUUUUAAACCACAUAUCGUUGCCAAAGCAUCAAGUGCUGCAGAAGGCCUUUGUAAAUGGGUACGUGCAAUGGUAUCUUAUGAUGAAGUUGCAAAGGCAGUUGCUCCUAAGAAAGAAAAAUUGCUUAUUGCAGAAAAAGAAUGUAAUGAAGCUGAAGCAUUUCUAAAUGAAAAACGGAAAACUCUGUUGACAUUAAAUGUUAAACUUGCUGCCUUGAAUGACAGUCUUCAAGAAACACUACAACAAAAAAUAAAACUAAAGCAAGAAGUAAAAGAUUGUACCAUAAAACUUCAGAAAGCAAAAAAUUUAAUGGCAAGUUUGGGAGGGGAAAAAAAUCGUUGGAUGCAGAUUGCAGAAAAUCUUAAAAGAAAUUAUGAUAAUCUCGUGGGUGACAUGAUAUUGACAUGUGCAACUAUAAAUUAUACAGCAUCAUAUAAUAUUGUAUUUCGUAACAAAAUUUUAGAGCAGUGGAAACAAUAUAUGGAAAUUCUGAAAAUAUCAUAUAGUAAAAACUAUAAUUUAAUAAAUAUACUUGGAGAAGAAAAUGAUAUAAACCAUUGGUAUUUUUCUGGUUUACCUAAAAAUAGCUUUUCAGUUGAAAAUGCAAUUAUUAUGACUAAUUCCAAAUUAUGGUCCUUAUUUAUUGAUUCACAAAAUCAAGCAAAUGAGUGGAUUAAAAAAAUUGAAAAAAAGAAUAAUUUAAAAAUUAUUAAGCUCACUGACUCCAAUUAUUUGUCAAUUAUUCAAUAUAAUGUUGAAAAUGGUAUCCCCACAUUAAUUGAAAAUGUAGGAGAAGAAUUAGAAAUAUCAUUGGAUCCUUUUCUUUUAAAAAGAAUUUACAACGAUGAAAAAUCUUCAUACUUAGAUAUCGGUCACGAUAUAAUAAAAUAUUCAUUCGAUUUCCGAUUAUAUAUUACAACGCGAUUACUUAAUCCUCAAUUUUCAUGUGAGAUGUUUAGCAAACUUACAAUAAUUAAUUUUUCCAUUCCCAAUGAAGCUCUUCAAGAUAAACUUCUUGAUUUUAUUAUUUACAAAGAAAAGCCAGAACUUCAAGAAAAGUUUAAAAUUUUACUUAUGGAAGAUGCUAACAAUAAAAAAAUAUUAAAGCAACAAGAAGAUAUAAUAUUAAAUAUCUUAUCUUCAACAACAACAAAUAUUCUUGAAGAUGAGACUGCUAUAAAAAGUUUAGAUUCUUCAAAAAAUUUUUCUUUGAAUAUUAUCAAGAAACAAGAAAUGACAAAGGUAACAUCACAAGAGAUAAAUAAAUUUCGAAAUGCUUAUGUAAAUUUUGUUAAAUACUGUACAGAUUUAUUCAAUACAUUAAAUGUUUUGCCAUAUUUGAAUCAUAUGUAUCGUUUCUCUUUUUCGUGGUUUAUACAAUUAUAUAGAAGAUCAAUUGAAAUUUCAAGUAGAAGUGUUAUUCUUGAAAAACGAUUAAAAUAUUUAAAAUUUUCAUUUACUCAAAGUCUUUAUUCAAGCAUUUGCAGAUCUUUAUCAGAAAAACAUAAAAUACUGUAUUCUUUUCUAUUAUGUUCAAAAAUUCUAUUGAAUGAUCAACAAACAACUGAAGAAGAAAUUAAAUAUUUUAUGACAUCAAACAUAAAUCAUAGUAAUACAGUUCCAAAUUAUAAAUUUGAUUGGCUUCCACAAAGUAUUUGGAUAAAUAUUUAUAAUCUCAGUAAAAUACUUCCUUCCUUCUAUGAUCUUGCAGAUGAUUUUUGUACUAAUGAUAAGGCUUGGAAACAAUAUUAUGUUUCCGAAUCAUUUGAAGAUCAUCUGAUGCCAGAACCUUGGAUUAAUAAGUUAUCUUUGUUUCAAAAACUCAUUCUUGUAAAAAUUUUACGUCCUGAUCAAAUUAUAAUACAGAUUAUGAAAAUGAUAGAAAAUAUGUUGGGAAAUACACAAAACCAUUCCCCUAAAAUUAAAAUAUCUCAAUCAUAUGCGGAAUCCAGUUAUUUAACUCCACUUUUAUUUAUUUUACCUGCUUCUUUAACACCAUUAUCUAUUAUUUCUACAUAUGCAAAUACUAAAGGUUACUUAUCCAAAUUUGUCUCUCUAUCUAUGAGUAAAGGUGAAGAAAAGAAAGCUGAAUUUCUUAUAGAGAAAGCUCAGAAGGAAGGAGGUUGGGUGUUUCUGCAAAAUUGUCAUCUAGUAACUCAUUGGUUGGCUAAUCUUGAAAAAAUUUGCGAUAAUUGUAACAUUUCUAAUUCAUCUUUAGAUUACCGCUUAUGGUUAUCCAGUUGUUCUAUCAAUGAAUUUCCAAUUAGUAUAUUGCAAAAUAGUAUAAAAAUCAUGCACGAUUAUCCUUUAAAUAUUAAAGAAACAUUGUUAAAUAUUUAUCAGUCAGAACCUAUAAUAAAUAAAGAAUUUUUUGAAGGCUGUCCUGGAAAAGAUAAAAUUUUCUUAAAACUUCUUUUUGCAAUAUGUCUUUUUCAUGUAAUUAUACAAGAGAGAGAACACUUUGGAUUUCAAGGAUGGAAUAUACCAUAUAAAUUUGAUCAUACUGAUCUCAAAAUAUCCAUUAUGCAAUUACAAAAUUUCAUAAAUAAUGCAGAUCAUGUACCCUUUGAUAUUUUUCUAUAUCUUAUUGGAGAAUGCAAUUAUGGGGGCAAAAUUCAAGACGAAUUUGACAGUAAAUAUUUAAAACAUCUUUUAACUGAUUAUUGCAAUCCUAACAUAAUUGAAAAUGGACAGUAUGUACAUGCAAAUGACGUACAGGAAUUAAUACCACAAAGAUGUGAAUAUUAUCAUGUAAUUGAUCAUAUUAGGAAAAUUCCAUCAGACCUAUCAUUUCAAAUAUUUGGGUUUAAUAGAAAUGGUAUUAUUAUUCGAAAUACUAUGAUAGCUACAGAAUUGAUAUCAUCUCUUUCAUAUAUGAGCUCUCCAAUUUCUUUAUUAGACGAAGAGUUACAGGAAGAUCAAGUAUUAAUUUUAAUUAAUGAUAUUAAUGAUAAAUUAUGUGAUGCAAUUAAAAUUGAUGAAAUUCAAGAACAAUGUACUUCUAUGCUUAAAGAACCUUUGCAAAGAGUUCUUUUUUGUGAAAUCAAAUCAUUAAAACGUAUUUUAGAAAUUAUAACAAAGGCAUUGACUAAUUUAAAAUUAGCAUUGUAUGGUUAUCUUCUUUUUACGGAUUCGCUGAAAACAUUAGCGAAAGAAAUAUGUGAAAAUAAAAUUCCACAUACUUGGCAGAUGAUACAAAUUAAUAUUCUUACUGGAAACUUAACAGACUACAUCGAUAAUUUAUUAAAACGUGCUAAGUUUAUUCAAAAUUGGAUUAAUCAAGGACGUCCAAAAAUUAUUUGGUUUGAUACAUUAUUUCAUUACAAAAUGUUCUUUUCUGCAAUAUUAUUGACAUUUUCUAAAAGGUAUAAUAUAUCUAUUGAAGAUAUUACUUUCGAUUUUGAAAUAGAUACAAAAAAAGAAAUUGACGAGGAAUAUGAUGAUGAAUAUUUAAUUUGUGGACUGCAUUUAUGUGGUGCUCGAUGGGAUUUGGAAAAAAGAAUGUUAGUCGAAAAUUUUACAAAUGAAAUCUGGCAAAAUAUGCCAUCUAUACAUCUUAAAUGUUCACGGAAUAAAAGAAGUGCAGAUAAAAUCUACGAAUGCCCUGUCUAUAUAACUGCUGCUAAAAAUAUUGAUAAAGAUAUCAAAUUUUCUUCAAAGAAUUAUAUAAUUAGUAUACCUUUGAAAACUGAUAUCCCUGCAACUCAUUGGAUAAAGUGCGGUACAGCUUUAUUUUGUCAUAUGUGAAUUAUAUAAGAAAUUAUCAAGAAGUUAAAAUUAAAUCAAAAUGUUUAUUCAAACAUUUCGCGGAUUCUUUCAUUGUGUAUAUAUCCGGUUCAGUUCCAUAUAAAUGGAAGGAAUGACAGGUA